AUGAAGCUCUCUUUUGCCUUUCUUACCCUCUUUGCUGCUUCAGCCUCUGCUCGCUCUUUGAGCCCACAAGCUGCUGCCAAGGUUCUCCGUGCUGCCCGUCGUUUGGACCAAGGCGGUGAAGGUGAAAACAAUGGCGAAAACAACAACGGAGAGAACAACAACAACAACAACAACAACAAUGGAAACAACAAUAACAACGAAGAGGAUGAAUAUGCGUUCUUGACCAAGUACAACCUCAAGUUUGUUGGCUGUGAUGCCUCUCAACAAAUGCUGAACGACGAGGGCGGCUACUCGUACGGAGCUGCCUUUUUGCGUUUGUGUCCUUCCGAUAGCGGUUGCGACUCGAGCACUGUUGGUGGGUGCAAGGAAGGAUACGGAGACUUUGCCGUCGCCAUUGAAGACUUUGUUGAUGCUUACUUUGAAGACCAACAAGACAACAUGCAAUGGGAUGACAACUUUGAUGGGGACAAGUACGCCAAGUGUGAGCAAUACGAGCCUGAAGUUGAGGGUGAUGACAACCCUUAUGAAAACUAUGAAUUCUUCAUUGGAGCCGCCUGUACUGAGGACGGUGAAGAUAUCAGACUUGGCUUCUUCUCUGAUGACACUUGUCAGACCGAAUCCUCUGUCUCGUUCGGAGAUGUCUCCAACGGAUGGACUCUCCCUUAUUCCAGCGGUGGCUUGGUCUCCAAGUACUGCUCGGACUGUCUCGAAUACAACGAAGACGAAGCUGCCUACGGACUUCGUGACAUGUGUACCGAGCUUUACCAAAACGCACCCAUGAAGUGCGAAGCGAAGAUGGAAUACUUUAGCUACUAUGGACAAGAUACCUCGUCGUGUGAGGCUAUUGAUGAAAUCCUUCCACGUGCUGCCCGAGUCGGUGGAGGAGGAGCUGGCAAGUUCUUUGGAUGGUUGCUGUUUGUCCUUUUGAUUGUCGGCGUUGUCGGAUACGUCAUGUGGUGGCGCAAGAAGAAGCAAGCAAGUGGUGCUGCCGAUGGCAUGCUUGCUUAG